CACAAGGCUUUUGCUCUUGCUAUCUAGACACUACAUCAUCCAUAAUCGAGCGAAAUUGCGCCACUACUCUCAAUCUUGCCCGACAAAACUAUAAUGGCCGAAAAUCCGGUACGUUUCGGUAUCAUCGGAUGUGCCGAUAUAGCUAAGAAAGUGGCUAGAGCUAUAGAUUUAGCACCCAACGCUGUCCUCCGCGCCAUCUCUAGCCGUUCGAUCGAAAAGGCAAGGAAUUUCGCUGGUACAAAUGGGUUACCUGAGGCCGUGAAUAUCUAUGACAGCUACGAUCAGGUUCUCGACGACCCGUGCGUAGACGCCGUCUACAUUCCUCUGCCCACUAGCCUUCACGUACACUGGGCCGUCCUGGCUGCACGUAAGAAGAAGCAUUUGCUUUUGGAAAAACCGACGGCUCUUGAUGUGGCAGAGCUUGAUCGGAUAUUGGAAGCUUGCGAAUCUAACGGUGUACAGUUCAUGGAUGGGAGCAUGUGGCUGCAUCACCCUAGGACUGCCAAGAUGAAGGAGUUGCUCUGUAACUUCGGACCGCUUGACUUUAUCCACAGCCAAUCAACAACCUCAGCAACCUCAGAGUUUUUAGAGAGCAACAUACGAGUACAGCCAGACCUAGACAGCCUCGGUGCACUUGGGGACUUGGCCUGGUACUGCAUUGAAGCCAUCUUGUGGGCUAAGGACUACCAACUGCCUAGUACGGUAACUGCUCUUCCUGUUGUCAUUCGGAACUCUGCCGGAGUCAUCUUGUCAUGCACUGCCUCCCUUCACUGGGAUCAACCAGACAGGACAGUUGCAAUGAUUCACUGCUCGUUCCUGUCCCACUCGUCCAUGGAUUUGGCCAUAUCUGCUUCCAAGGGAUCUUUGCACGUCAAGGACUUCAUAAUCCCGUUUCGGGAGCAUUCCGCUUCUUUUGAUUUCACGCUGGGUGCUAAGUUUGCCGAUCUCCACAUUGGGUGGAAUGUAAAACCUAAGGAACUUCACGCGGCUUCUCAGCUUCCUCAAGAGGCUUUGAUGGUUCAAGAGCUAGCAAGGCUUGUCAAGGGCAUUAGGGAAUCCGAUGCGCAACCGGAAAGCAAAUGGCCUGAGAUUAGUAGAAAGACACAGUUAGUUGUGGAUGCAAUCAAGAAAUCCAUAGAUCUUGGCUACAUUCCUGUUAAUUUGUAAUAAUCUUGUAAUUUGAAAUCGCAUACCAUGUAAAUGUGAAGCUCUCUCUGCUAUCAUCUAUGUAAUUUCUUUUAGCUCUCAA